ACUGUACACAAUUUCUACAUUCAAAAGUAUCUUUUCUCCGUUAACAAACGCAACAAUGAUUAAGAUCAAUACAGGGGAAAUAAUCCUUGUACUAAAUUGAAAGUAGAAACAACGUGAGGGAGAAAGAAGAAAACACUGCUUUGAAAUUUAAACAAACCAUGGAAAGACAAGAAAAAAAAUGGGGGAAAAAAAAUGUUGAUAAUGACAGUUUAUUAGAAGUUCCAAAAGGAUGGAAAGAACCAGGAAUAACAAAAGAAGAUAAUAAACAUGGCAUGCUGGCAGAGAGUUCAUUUGCUACACUAUUUCCAAAGUAUAGGGAAAAGUACCUGAGAGAAUGUUGGCCUUUGGUUAAGAAAACUUUAGCGGACUAUGAAAUCAAGGCAGAAUUAGAUGUAGUAGAAGGAAGUAUGAGUGUAUCUACCACCAGGAAAACUUGGGAUCCAUAUUCUAUUGUCAAUGCUAGAGAUCUGAUCAAGUUGUUGGCCAGGAGCGUCCCUUAUGAACAGGCAAUUAGGAUUCUAGAGAAUGAUAUAGCAUGUGACAUCAUAAAGAUAGCAUCACUUUGUAGAAAUAAAGAAAGAUUUGUAAAGAGAAGACAGAGAGUUAUAGGUCCAAACGGAUCUACUCUAAAGGCCAUAGAGCUCCUAACAGAAUGUUAUGUUCUGGUACAAGGUAACACUGUGUCUGCUUUGGGACCACACAAAGGAUUAAGAGAUGUCAGAAAAAUCAUUGAAGACACUAUGAAAAAUAUCCAUCCUAUUUAUAAUAUUAAGACAUUGAUGAUAAGAAGAGAAUUAGCAAAAGAUCCUCAACUACAAAAUGAAAGCUGGGAUAGAUUUUUGCCAAAAUUUAAGUCUAAAAAUAUCAGUAAGAGGAAGCAACCUAUGAAGAAGAGAAUAAAGAAAAUAUAUACACCUUUCCCACCUCCACAGCCAGAGAGUAAGGUUGACAAAGAACUUGCUUCAGGUGAAUAUUUCCUGAAGCCCAGUACCAAAAAGGCAAGGAGGCAAGCUGAGAAAAAGGAAAAACAGAAAGAAGCAGUUGAAAAGAAACAAGACAAGAGAGCACAAGCAUUUGUUCCUCCACAGGAGACGGGAGAAUCAGCAGCAAAGAAAUUAAAGAAAACAGAUGAUACAGUCAACGUUGAAGAGUUGAAAAAGAAAAUCAAGAAAGCUCAGAAAAAGAAGAUUGGUCAAACAUCUGGAUCCUGACAAAUAACAUGAAUUUUAAACGGAAAAAACUGUUGAACAGAAAUAACCAUGGCACCAUUUCCAGAUUUCAAAAUAUGCUGCAUGAGUUAUACUGACGAGACAACAAUAUUAGAAAGUUAAAUUUCAUAACUGUUUGAUGCAGUUUUCAAUAUGACAAAGAUUUGUGUAUCAUAGAUCAUUACAAGUUCUCAUUUGAUGUCAUAGGAAAUGUGUUUGUAAACAUUUUUGUUGUCAUACAUAAAUUCUUAACAGAAGCAUUUGUAGAUACCAUUCCUUUUAUAAUAUGAUUUUAGAAAUGUGAAAAUAUCAGCUUUAGAAUUUUUAUUCUUUGAAUAAGGAUGCAUUAAAUAUAUCAUGUUAUUAGAAUAGUGCAAUUGAAACUGAUUCAUCGGAACAUAACAGGUUUAUAGAGUCUUUAGUACCCAGAUUUAUCACUUUAGAGGGAUUUAUAAAAGUGUAAUAUGUAUAACUGUAUAUCACUUUGCCUAAGGACCUUAUCUAUCUGUCACGACAUUCAUGAUAAUUUUGAGCUUCUUUUCAUUCCUUUUAAUUUUUGUAAGGAUAAUGCUAAUAUAGUUAGUAGACUUUUCAUAAGAACAUGCACAUGUAUCAUUGGAGUUUGAUUUCACUAACAAUUUCAUGAUCUAUAAAAAAAACUAUUUCAGUGUUUAAAUUGUAUAUAUAUAUUUAAAUAAAAGUUCAUCAUGU